AUGUCUGGUCUCAUCAACAAGGUUAAGGAUGCUAUCCACUCCGAUAAGGACAAGAAGCACGACUCUACCACCACCGGCACUCACAACACCCACAACACUCACAACACCUCUUCUGGCCUUCCCGAGGGAACUGCUGGUCCCCACGGCAGCCGUGCAGCCAACGCCGCCGACCCCCGAGUCGACUCUGACUUGGACAGCACCCGACGCACCGGAGCUGGCCACACCACCGGUGGCCUAGGCUCUACCACUGGCACCACUGGCCACACCACUGGCACUGCUGGCCACACCACCGGCGGACUGGGACACACCGAGAACAUGCCCGGCCACUCCACCGGACUUGGCUCUACUGGCCACUCAUCUGGUCUGCCAGAGGGCAGCGUCGGCCCCCACAGCAGCCGUGCUGCUAACGCCGCCGACCCCCGUGUUGACUCCGACCUGGACAGCACCCGUCGCACCGGAGCUGGUCACACUACCGGUGGCCUAGGCUCUACCACUGGUCACACCACCGGCACCACUGGUCACACCGCUGGCGGUCUGGGAUCUCACACCGAGAACUUGCCCGGCCACUCCACCGGUACCACUGGCAUGACCGGAACUGGCCGCCACUCCGAGAACUUGCCCGGCCACUCUACCGGACUUGGUUCUACUGGCCACUCCACCGGAAUUGGCUCUACUGGCCACUCCUCUGGUCUGCCAGAGGGCAGUGUUGGCCCUCACGGCAGCCGUGCUGCUAACGCCGCCGACCCCCGCGUCGACUCUGACCUUGACAGCUCUCGCCGCUCUGGAGGUCUCGGUGGCAACACCUACGACCAGACCACCACUGGCACUUCUGGCCUUUCCAGCCACGGCGCCGGUGCUCACGGCCCUACCGGCACUCACAGCUCUGGUCUGGGCGGUACUCACUCUGGUUCUCACAUGGCUGGCAACACUGCCUAUGACAGCACCAACCCCGGACCUGCCCCCAAGACCGCUGGUCCCCACAAGUCUGACAUGCUCAACAAGGCCGACCCUCGCGUCGACUCUAACCUUGACGGCAGCAAGACUGUCGGAAAGGAGAAGACCUUUGAGACUUCCGAACCCAACUUUGCCAACCGUGACCCUACCGACGCUACUCAGGUUCCCCCUUCCAUCAUGCAAAAGCAUGUUCCUACUGAGAUCGCUCACGACAACCUUGAGUCGGACCACAGCCGCCGGCAUAGCAGCGUUAACCAGGAACACCACCGUGGCCUGUAA